GCAUGUCCAAGCCGGUGGACCACGUCAAGCGGCCCAUGAACGCCUUCAUGGUGUGGUCGCGGGCGCAGCGGCGCAAGAUGGCCCAGGAGAACCCCAAGAUGCACAACUCGGAGAUCAGCAAGCGCCUGGGCGCCGAGUGGAAGCUGCUCACCGAGGCGGAGAAGCGGCCGUUCAUCGACGAGGCCAAGCGCCUGCGCGCCAUGCACAUGAAGGAGCACCCCGACUACAAGUACCGGCCGCGCCGCAAGCCCAAGACGCUGCUCAAGAAGGACAAGUUCGCCUUCCCGGUGCCCUACGGCCUGGGCGGCGUGGCGGACGCCGAGCACCCGGCGCUCAAGGCGGGCGGCGGGCUGCACGCGGGCGCGGCCGGCGGCCUGGUGCCCGAGUCCCUGCUCGCCAACCCGGAGAAGGCGGCCGCCGCCGCCGCCGCCGCCGCCGCCCGCGUCUUCUUCCCGCCCUCGGCCGCCGCCGCCGCCGCCGCCGCUGCCGCCGCCGCCGCCUCGGGCGGCCCGUACUCGCUGCUCGACCUGGGCUCCAAGAUGGCAGAGAUCUCCACGUCGGCGUCCGGCCUCCCGUACGCGUCGUCGCUGGGCUACCCCGGCGCGGGCGCAGGCGCCUUCCACGGCGCGGCGGCGGCGGCGGCUGCAGCGGCGGCGGCGGCCGCCGGGGGGCACACGCACUCGCACCCCAGCCCGGGCAACCCCGGCUACAUGAUCCCGUGCAACUGCAGCGCCUGGCCCAGCCCCGGGCUGCAGCCGCCGCUCGCCUACAUCCUGCUGCCGGGCAUGGGCAAGCCGCAGCUGGACCCCUACCCCGCGGCCUACGCCGCUGCGCUAUGACCCCGCGGGCCGCCCGGCCAGCCGGCGAGUGUAGACGCGGGGCCUGCGGGCCGCGUGGACGGAGGCUGCAUGGGCGCCGGGCGGGGACCCGCAGGCCCGUCGGGGCGCGAGAGUGGCGGGAGCCUACCGGGCUGGGGGAUUGGGAGGAGUGGGCAGAGCAGGGGUGCGGUGCGUGUGGCUCCCCAGGGUCCUGGCAGACCCGUCCCGCGCCCUCCAGCUUCCCAGAGCGUCGGGUGUGUGUGUGUGUGUCUGUCGGACCCGCAGCACUUGGUGGCAAUUUAUUUUUAUUUUGCUUUUGCACUUCGGAACCUGUUGCGUGGGGGGGGGGGGCUUCUUUCCAGUUCGGUCGGUUGCAAAUUUCAGCGGCUUUUUUGUCUGUUUGUUUUUGGUUUUGGUUUUUGUUUCUCCUUCCCCUGGCUUUCUGUUUUAGUUGACAAAGAAUGAUCCUCCUCCUCAUCGUCAUCAUAAGAAAUGGCCAGGUCCGUGUUGCCAUCUUACACCCUCGUCCCCCGUGCUCAGUGGGCCCUGGCCCGCGCGAGGCAGGAGCUGCUGGGUGGCACUGGGUGACAGUGGUUUUUCCGAGCGCCCUUGCGCCCUAUCCUCGGGUGUCCGAUUGGAACUUUGCAGAUCUCGGUUCUGAAGCACAACCUCCCCCCACCACCACCACUCUACACACACCCUCAUCCCCGGAUCGUAUCCAUUCUUGACCGCUGACCAACUCGAAUCUGGCCUUUUGUGUGGGAGAUGAUGCCGGUUUCUUUGGUCAAUCACGCCAUAUGCAAAUCAGAGAUCUUGCUACGGAGCAAAGAACGCCAACUAAAAUAACGUGCGUGAUGAAAUGGUGUCAGUUGAAUUUUCGCCCUGAAAAAGAGAAAGAAAGAAAAGAAAAGAAAAGAAAAGAAAAGAAAAGACUCCUUAGAAGUCUCUUUGAGUCGCUCUCAGGUUUCUGAGACAGUUUACAGAAAGGGGAAAAAAGCACUGUUUCUAUUUUUUUUCCCCCUGAAUGCCGAGUCCUCCCAUCCACCCACCCACCCUGAAGACUGUAAAUGUGUAUAUGUCCGUAAAAACAUGGAGUCUGGAAAUGUGUUAACUUGCCUUGUCCUAAAUUUGAGUCGGCUUUCGACUCUAAAGCGUCUGGAGCAAAUGUCAAACUUUUAUAAAUUGCGGGACUAGUUCAGCAUCGCAAUUUGGUCUAAGAUUAAAUCAGACUUUUUUGUCUGAGUGGUAAUUAUAUAUUUAUUAUUUAGCAAAACUGGGGGCGAAAAGCCCUACAGAACUGUUUUGACAGCUGCCUCUUCAUUUUCAGCUACCAUUCAUUUCUCCACCAACUUGAACCGUUCAAAUGUGUUUUGGAGUCCCUCCCUGACUAGCUUAUUUUUCAGAUCACCUGCAGUUCAUUUGCGAAUUAUGAUAAAACACGUUUUAGAGAAAAAGAUCCUCGAUUAUAAUGUGUUUUUGUUUGUUUCUUUUCUAAAUGUAUAUAUUUUGACUAAUGUUUGUGAAUGAAGUUGACUAACAUGUAUUUAGUUUCAUUUUGGCUUUAUGUAAUAUAAAGUUUUAAAAAGUUUAAGUAUUGGUUUUAACUUUUCUGUGUAAAUGGUUUUCUUGUGUGAUCUUCUAAUUUAAUAUUAGCAUCUAAACUAUAUCUGUAAAUUAGAAUCCGACUAUCACUCUGUUCAUUUUUUUUUUUUUUUUGAACAAAGAGUUUAAAUAAAGCCCGAACCAGGGAAAGGAGAAAAUCCUCUAUUUCUUGGUGA